AUCUUCAAAAAUAACUAAAAAUGGCUGCUUCAAUUUGGAAGUUGUGCACUUCAUCAAUUAAUCCAAAAAUAUGUUCAAAUUUGAAUGGGGCGAUAAGAUCGGGACAUCAUUUACGUGGAAAACCACCUGGAGUUGCAAGAACUUUAGACCAAAGGCUACAAGAGUUAAAUUAUAAGGAUCCAGAAUUAUACUUUAAGGUUGAUAUUGGACUUCCGCCGCCGCAAAAAUUAAGAGCCAAAGUUCUUAAAAAGCGUAUCGAAGUGGUUAAAGCCAAUAAACAAAAUGAGAAUUUAGAAAAAUUAUCUCGGAAUAAAAAAUUGUUGGUGAAUCUUGAUGAAUCAAAAAAGGAUUGGUUAGAAACUGAUGGUCCUCAACACAUAAAGGCGAUAGCGAAUCAUUUUGGAAUUUAUGACCAUUUAUUUGGGGAUGCUUAUUUUAUACCAAGAGUUCCAAUAAAUAUACUUUAUGAGAAUGAAAAUGGUCACAUCCCUGUGUAUUAUGGGAAUAAUGUAAAACCGGUAGAAGCAAUUAAUAAACCUCUGGUUAAUUUUGAAUCUGAGAAAGAUUCUUUGUGGACUUUAAUCUUAACCAAUCCAGAUGGGCAUUUAACAAAAAAAGAUUCUGAAUAUGUUCAUUGGUUUAUUGGAAAUAUUCCUGGUAAUAACAUAGAAAAAGGAGAACUUGUUUAUGAUUAUUUACAACCAUUCCCUCCAAAAGGGACUGGUUAUCACCGUUACAUUUUCAUUUUAUACAAACAAGAUAAAAAAAUCGAUUACAAAUUAUUAAAAAAAGAUGGGAAAUGUUUAGAUUUAGAACAAAGAACAUUUUCAACAUUAGAAUUUUAUCGCGAACAUCAAGAUGCUUUAACACCAGCCGGUUUAUCAUUUUUCCAAUCAGAUUGGGAUCAAAGUUUACGAAAUUUUUUUCAUAACACAUUAAAUAUUAAAGAACCCAUUUUUGAGUAUGAUUUUCCAGCGCCAUAUAUUAGGCCACAAGAAUGGUUUGCGCUUAGAAAACCGUUUAAUCUCUAUCUGGAUAAGUAUAGGGAUCAAAAACAAAUCAACAAAGAAUUUUUGGCGAAAAAAUUGAAAGAAGUUCAUCCUUUUAAACCUCCAAAACCGCCUUUACCAUAUCCUAAUGCGCAGUAUUUUGAUGGGUAUGUUCCAAGUUGGUUAAAAUUAGAAAUUAAAAAGGAACGACUUAAAUGGGGAAGAAUUAAUGAUAUUGAAUCAAAAUAAAUUCGAUUGUAAUUAGUUUUAAAUUAUACAAAAAUAAAAAUGUUUAUGAGAAAUGGAAAA